AUGAGUGAUUAUCAGAUAAAGUACUAAGAAAUCAAAGGAAGUCUAGCUAUUCUUAUGCAACAGAAUAAUGCUCUCAAAUAAUAACUUAAAGAUGCUUGUGAAGAAUUGUAGGAAAAGUAAUUGUUAAAAGAGGAAUGGGCUGAAGAAGUGUAGAGAGUAUCAGAGACAAUUAAUUAAUUGCAAAAUGAAAAUUAUAAUCUACAAUAGGAAAAUGAGUAAUUGCAAAGAAACUGCACAGAAUCCAAAUACUUGAUUGAGCAAUAAAUUGAUUAAAUUACGAUUUUGAAAGAUUAGAAUGAGAAGCUAGCUAAUUAAUUGGAUUAGUGCAGAUAAUAAAAUCUAUAAAAGGAAUUACAUAUCAAAUAGUAAAGAGAUGAUAGCAUUAAAUAAAUCGAAUAGUUGCAGUAAUCAUAAUUGGAAGAAAUAAAAAAGUUAUAGGGCAUUAUUGAUAAUCAAAGUGGUCUGAUCUAGUCUUAUGAGAAAUUGAAUGAGAUUGAGAAGCAGGAUACUUAGCAUCUAAAAUAACAACACUAAAUUUAAUUUGAGGAUUAACUUAUUGAAUUGAAAAAUAGAAAUAUUAUAAUGCAGAGUAAAAUUAAUGAGGAGAAACAGAAAUAUGAUUUAUUAUAUGAAUAACAUAGAGAUGAAGUUUAAAAACUGUAAAGUGUAAUAAAGGAAUAAAAAGAGCUAUUGAGUCAAUAUGAAAGGAUUAUAGAGAGAGAUAAAUGCUCAGCUUAACAUUUGAAUAAUACGCCUGUUCAUGUUUAGUAUGAGAUGACUCAGCCAUAAUAAAUGAAAUAAAUAAUCUCAUAAAUUCCACAAUAGCCCUUGUAUUCACAACCUAAUCUAAAUCAAAAUAUCUAUUAAUAACCUUUAACAUCCCCUGUGCUCUAAGAUAAAUGCAAUCAGCCAUCUCCAACUUAUUUGCACACUUAACAAAAUUAUGCAUAACCUAUGUUGCAAAGACCUCCUAAAACAUUUUUUACAAACAACAAGAUAAAUCAUCAAUUACAAUAGAUCACAAGAGAGAAAUAGAAUUCAAAGGAGUAUCAUUAAAAACGUAGCUUCCAUUUUGAUGAUGAAGAGGAUCAUAAUAAUGUAGAGAAAGAGUUCUAGGAAGAAUUCUUGAAUAAAUUCUAGAAUGUAAUAGGUAGAAUGGAGGAUAAAUUAUAUUAAAUGUAAAACGAACUCAAUUUUUCAGGGAUUUCAGAAAAGCCGAAAAAAUUAAAAUGA